AUGGCCGAGUUCAUCAAUAAUCACAGGAAAACAGGGCAAACUAUAGGGGUCAUCAAUGGCAAAGCUUAUGAUGCUAGCAACGUAUAUGUGAUUCGUUCCAGAACCAACAACAACAAUGACCUUGCCAAUGAUCACAACCAUCACCAUUUUGAGAGCCCUGGUAGAACAUAUCAACAUCAAGGCGUUUCGAAACCUGCUUCUUACAACACGCAUAAGUCUUCCACAUCUAAGGCGACGACGCUGUGGAUGGAUUAUCGCCAAUUCAAGAGAAAGAAGAGGAUUGCAACGUACAAGUUGUAUGCUUAUGAAGGGAAAGUCAAGAAUUCUUUCAAGAAUGGCAUUCGUUGGAUUAAGCUGAAAUGCAGGAAAAUUGUUCAUGGAUUCUAG